GCAAGUCGUGUGUUGUAGAGUAAUAAACGCGCAUUGUGAAAAUAUAAGUAUUUAGUUAAAUAUAUUGUGUAAUAAAUAUUUUACAAAAUGGGUAUGGUGACCGUUAACAACAUUUCGCGGAUUCGCGAAGAAUGCGAGAUCCUUCAGAUGACCGACAAGCAGCUGAGGGAAAUCAUGAAAAGGCUUCACAAUGACCUUGUCAAGGGGCUCGGCAAGGAUACUCACGACAAGGCUAUUGUCAAAUGCUGGAUUACAUACAUCCAAGACUUACCUAACGGAAAAGAACGCGGCAAAUUUUUGGCGUUGGAUUUAGGUGGCACUAACUUCAGAGUACUGAUCAUAACACUUGGAGAAAGUCACUUUGACAUGCAGUCCAAAAUUUAUGCAAUCCCACAAACUAUCAUGACCGGCACAGGCGUCGCACUAUUUGAUCAUAUAGCUGAAUGUUUAGCCAAUUUCAUGAAGGAACACGGUGUGUACGAAGAACGCUUGGCUCUUGGUUUUACGUUCAGCUUCCCGCUGAAGCAGCUAGGACUUACGAAAGGAAUUCUGCAACGUUGGACUAAAGGCUUCUCCUGUUCGGGUGUGGUAGGCGAAGAUGUUGUACAAGGACUCAAAGAUGCCAUCGCUAGAAGAGGGGAUCUUUCUUUAUCUGUGAUGGGCAUCUUAAAUGAUGCUACUGGCACUCUUAUGUCGUGCGCACAUAAGGACCCUAAUUGUCGCGUAGGCGUGAUAAUUGGUACUGGUAGUAACGCUUGUUACGUAGAAAAGACAGAAAAUUGUGAAUUGUUUGACGGAGAGCCUGGAAAAGAUGAACUGCUCAUUAACACAGAAUGGGGCGCUUUCGGAGACGAUGGCGCUUUGGACUUUGUGCGCACUGAGUUUGAUCGCGAUGUAGAUACUAAUUCUAUCAAUCCGGGCAAGCAAAUUCAAGAAAAGAUGAUAUCAGGCAUGUACAUGGGCGAGUUGGUUCGUCUAGCCUUAGUGAAGUUCACCAAAAUGGGCCUACUUUUCGGGGGUCAAGGAUCAGAUUUGCUAUUCCAGAGAGGAAGCUUCUACACGAAAUACGUUUCAGAGAUUGAAUCUGACAAAGCCGGAGACUACACCAGCUGUAUGGAUGUUCUUGAAGAACUUGGGUUAUCACACGCAACUGAAGUAGACAUGGCUAGCGUGCGGCACGUAUGUGAAUGCGUUUCACGGCGCGCUGCGCACUUGGUAUCUGCCGGCAUUGCCACGCUGCUCAACAAGAUGAACGAGCCUCGUGUCACCGUGGGCAUUGACGGAUCCGUCUACCGUUUCCAUCCUCACUUCCACGCGCUUAUGUGUGAAAAGAUCACCCAGCUGGUGAACCCUGGCAUACAGUUCGAUCUGAUGUUAUCAGAGGACGGCAGCGGUCGCGGCGCAGCGCUAGUCGCUGCGGUGGCCUGCCGUCAACAUCUGCAGGCCGCGUAAGACACAGUCUCGGACACGCAGCGAUCUCUCCGCCUCGCCGCCCGCGGCUACAGCCUACCCUUCGCACGCGAGUCAUCGAGCAUUUGACAAUACACUAUUCUAGCAUCGAUCUCGUAGUGGCCCCCGAUCCACAUUAACUUUUCUGUUUAGCUACUUAGCCCAAGAAUACGAGAGUCGAGUGUUUUGUUUCUCUUGUCUCGUACCGAUUUAGUCGUGGGAAAUGCCUUGUUACCAAUGUAUGGUGUUCCCUAUACAUUACAUAUGAAAGGCGCAGUGCGCCUGUAAAGUUUUUAUCCAUGUUCUAAUAAUAAAGACCACCAUGCUUUGAGAACAGGGGUUAGUUCCGUCGUAAGCCUAAAAUAGGAAGUUAUAUAAGUGUGUUAUUUUUGUCAGCUGUGUGCUUGGGACAAGCGAUGUUUGCGCGAUCACUCAUUGGGCAGUUUGUUUUACUCACUUUCCCAUAACAAUUUUAUUAUUUUUUGAGGAGUAGUAGAGGCACUAAGAUUAAUAAGAGUAAUACUUUUAUUUAUUGAGCGGACACGUUAUAUUACAAAGAAAUGGCGUUUACGUGUACUUAUUUUACUCUAGUCACAAAUCAAGAUUUUAAUGGAGUUGACUACUUAAAAUUGCCAUUUUAUUGUCUUCACUAGCGAUGAAUUUUCGCUGUAUACAAUUCAUGUUAUUACGAGACUGAUUUUAAAUUAGGGAAUACCAUCAUUUGAUGCCGUUCGGCAUCGGAAGUACCUGCAUUGUAAAUGAUCUUAGUGUCAAAUUAAUUUAAAAAACCGCGCAAUAAAAGUGCCUAUCUUAGCCAGCACACAGUAUGUUUGGUCCGAACUAUAGUUAUCACUGACUUAAGUUUUGUUAGCAAUAAGUAGUUAGGCAUUGUAUAUUUACGGAGAGAAAGCUCUAGUAAUCAUAAAUAUGUAAUUAUUUUAUAUAGCUAUUGUUGAAAGAUAAAUUAUUAAGAAAUUAUUAUUCAUUAACCAUUUGAUAAAAUAUGUUUUUGUGUAUGUCUUUAGAUCCAAAUUUAAUUUAUAAAUAUUUUUAUACAGCGAUGUAUCUACGAACGUUGUAUAGGAACAGUAUAUUAUUUGGCUCGUGAUGUUAUCUUUGCAAAAUGUACUUAUUACAUUCGAAAUUUGAAAAGUUACAAACAAAAAACUCAGUAAUAUUCCUAAAUAAAAGUGUUGUGCAUUCAAAAUGAUUCAAAACAAUGCAUAAGCACACAGUGGAGACCCCACAGUGGCGGUCCACAGUGGAGAUUUA